AUCAGUUUCCAUGCAAACGAGCAGUAUCCCAACAAACACAACUGCAGCAGUCUCUACAGAAACAUCCGCAAGGAGCACUUCUUCAACUCCAACAACCACAGAACCCCUCCCAUCCUCAACAUCAGCUUCCAAGCAGAGUAGCAGUAGCCCAACAAGCUCAACUGCACCAGCCAUGACAGCAAUUUCUGCCAGUACCACAUCUACAACAUCAAAAGCCACCGAAUCCUCAACAUCUUCAACAUCAGUUUCCACAGCAACAAGCAGUAGCCCGUCCAGGAUAACUGCAGCAACCUCAACAGAAACCUCCGCAAGUAGCACUUCUUCAACUCCAGCAACCACAGUACCCUUCACAUCUUUGACAACAGCUUCCAUGCAGACUAGCAGUAGCCCAACAAGCACAACUGCACCAGCCACGACAGCAACUUCUGCCAGUACCACAUCUACAACUUCAAAAGCUACAGAAGCCCCAAUAUCUUCAACAUCAGCUUCCACAGCAACAAGCAGUAGCCAAUCCAGCACAACUGCAGCAACCUCAACAGAAUCCUCCACAAGUAGCACUUCUUCAACUCCAACAACCACAGUACCUCUCACAUCUUUGACAACAGCUUCCACACAGACUAGCAGUAGCCUAACAAACACAACUGCACUAGCCACGACAGCAACUUCAACAGCCACAGAACCCCUCAGAUCUUCAACAUCAGCUUCCAAGCAAACGAGCAGUAUCCCAACAAGCACAACUGUUGCAGUCUCUACAGAAACAUCCGCAAGGAGCACUUCUUCAACUCCAACAACCACAGUACCCCUCACCACUUUGACAACAGCUUCCACGCAGACUAUCAGUAUCCCAACAAGCACAACUGCAGCAGCCUCAACAGAAACUUCCACAAGUAGCACUUCUUCAACUACAACAACCACAGAACCCCUCACAUCCUCGACAUCAGUUUCCAUGCAGACUAGCAGUAUCCCAACAAGCACAACUGCAGCAGUCUCUACAGAAACGUCCGCAAGGAGCACUUCUUCAACUCCAUCAACCGCAGAACCCCUCACAUCCUCAACAUCAGCUUCCAAGCAGACUAGCAGUAACCCAACAAGCACAACUACAGCAGCCUCAACAGAAACUUCCGCAAGUAGCACUUCUUCAACUCCAUCAAGA